AACAGACAGCACCUGAUCAUUUUCUCAAACCUCCUCAAACUUCCCCAAAAAUCAAUGAACUUCCUGUUCCCCACCCUGUCCCCUCUUUCUCUCUCUUUGUUGCAGAACGAUUUCUAGGGUUGUCAGUGGAGUUUCCUUCACCAAAACGCACAAAUUCACACGGUGGUCUCUGCGUUUCAUUGCAUUCAAAAUCGCAAUCCAAUUCGCCCCAAAUUCCCAAUUCGGAGCUUUCAAAUCCAACCCAAUGAGUAAUGACUCUCGCCACCAGUGAAUGGCUCGCUUUCACCCUCCCACUCUCCAUUUCGCCUUCUUCUACAUCCUCAUAGCCCUAACCACAAACCCUCGCCUACUCCUCGCCUCCGAUGACGACGAGUUUUCGAUAAUCGAUUCCGAUGCCAAUCUCUUCCACCAGGACUACUCGCCGCCGGCUCCGCCUCCACCUCCGCCGCACCCGCCGUCAGUCUCGUGCACCGAUGACCUCGGCGGCGUCGGCACUCUGGACGCCACGUGUAAGAUAGUCGCCGACACGAACCUCACCACCGACGUGUACAUAGAAGGGAAGGGCAAUUUUUAUAUCCUACCCGGGGUGAGAUUCUAUUGCUCGAGUCCUGGUUGCGUUGUAAUUGUUAACAUUACUGGUAACUUUAGUUUAGGCAACUCCUCGUCGAUUUUAGCUGGGGCUUUCGAGCUCACGGCGCAAAAUGCCAGCUUUCUCGAUGGCUCGGCGGUGAACACGACGGCUUUGGCGGGGAAGCCGCCGGCGCAGACCAGUGGGACCCCUCAGGGGAUUGAGGGGGCGGGUGGGGGCCACGGAGGACGGGGCGCAUGUUGUUUGGUGGAUGAGACGAAGCUUCCGGAGGACGUGUGGGGCGGCGACGCCUACUCGUGGUCGACGCUGCAGGGUCCGCGUAGUUUUGGGAGCCGAGGGGGGUCGACGAGUAGGGAGGUGGAUUAUGGAGGUUUAGGGGGUGGGAGGGUGUGGCUGGAGAUCAAGAAAUUUCUUGUGGUGAAUGGAAGUGUUUUGGCUGAAGGAGGUGAUGGAGGAACAAAAGGUGGAGGUGGUUCUGGUGGCAGCAUCUACAUUAAGGCUCGUAAAAUGACUGGUAAUGGCAGGAUAAGUGCUUGUGGCGGCAAUGGUUAUGCUGGUGGUGGCGGUGGAAGAGUGUCAGUUGAUGUCUUUAGUAGGCACGAUGACCCAAAAAUUUUUGUGCAUGGAGGAAGUAGCUAUGCUUGUCCAGAAAAUGCGGGUGCUGCUGGGACUCUAUAUGAUGCAGUUCCUCGAAGCCUUUUUGUUAACAAUCAUAACAAGUCAACAGAUACAGAAACACUUCUUUUGGAGUUUCCUUUUCAUCCUCUUUGGACAAAUGUUUAUAUUGAAAAUAAGGCGAGGGCCACUGUUCCUUUGCUUUGGAGUCGUGUCCAGGUACAAGGACAGAUAAGCCUUUUGAGUGAUGGUGUGUUAAGCUUUGGACUUCCACAUUAUGCUUCAUCAGAGUUUGAGUUAUUGGCUGAAGAGUUGUUAAUGAGUGACUCUGUAAUCAAGGUGUAUGGGGCCUUACGCAUGUCUGUAAAAAUGUUCUUGAUGUGGAAUUCCAAGAUGCUCAUUGACGGUGGUGGGGAAGAAGCUGUUGAGACAUCCUUGCUUGAGGCUAGUAACUUAGUUGUUCUUAGGGAAUCAUCUGUGAUACACUCUAAUGCAAACCUGGGAGUUCAUGGACAAGGUUUGUUGAACUUGUCAGGACCAGGAGAUUCGAUUCAAGGACAACGUCUGGUUCUAUCACUAUUCUACAGUAUUCAUGUUGGACCUGGAUCUGUUUUGCGUGGUCCCUUGGAGAAUGCCACAUCUGAUUCUCUGACACCAAAGCUGUAUUGUGAAAACAAAGAUUGCCCCUCUGAACUACUCCAUCCACCUGAAGAUUGCAAUGUGAACUCAUCCCUGUCCUUUACUCUUCAGAUAUGCCGAGUUGAGGAUAUCAUUAUUGAAGGCCUUGUAAAAGGAUCCGUUGUCCAUUUUCACCGGGCAAGGACCAUUGCUAUCCAGUCUUCUGGAGCACUAAGUGCAUCAGGAAUGGGCUGUACCGGCGGCAUUGGUAGUGGCAACAUUCUAAGCAAUGGAAGCGGCAGUGGUGGCGGGCAUGGUGGUAAAGGUGGGAUUGCAUGUUAUGAUGGUAGUUGUGUUGAGGGUGGAAUCUCAUACGGGAAUGAAGAGUUGCCUUGUGAACUUGGUAGUGGAAGCGGAAAUGACAUUUCUGCUGGUUCAACUGCUGGUGGUGGUAUUAUCGUAAUGGGUUCUUCGGAGCAUCCCUUGUCAAGUUUGUCCGUUGAAGGCUCGAUGACAACUGAUGGUGAAAGUUUUGAAAGGACUACUUUAAAAGAAAAUUUUCCCCUUGUUAAUAGUUUAAGUGGAGGUCCUGGGGGUGGGUCUGGUGGUUCUAUACUUCUGUUCUUGCGAACACUAGCUCUCGGUGAGUCUGCCAUUCUUUCAAGUGUUGGGGGAUACAGUAGUUCCAUUGGCGGUGGUGGAGGUGGUGGUGGAAGGAUUCAUUUCCAUUGGUCAGACAUUCCCACUGGAGAUGUGUAUCAGCCCAUUGCAAGUGUGGACGGAAGCAUCCUUUCAGGGGGAGGGGAGGGUAGGGACCAGGGUGGUGCUGGAGAAGAUGGAACGGUGACGGGGAAAGAUUGCCCAAAAGGUCUUUAUGGGACCUUUUGUGAGGUAUGCCUAAAUUGUUUGGACAUAGUUUGUAUUCAUCAUUGUCCUGCUAAUGAGCUUCCCCUUCGUGCAAUUUAUAUUUCUGUCCGAGGUGGUGUUGCUGAGGCUCCAUGUCCUUUCAAAUGCAUUUCAGACAGAUAUCACAUGCCACACUGUUAUACGGCUCUUGAAGAAUUGAUUUACACGUUUGGUGGGCCUUGGCUAUUUGGUCUUCUUCUGAUUGGUCUCCUCAUCCUGUUAGCUUUGGUUCUCAGUGUUGCACGAAUGAAAUUUGUUGGGGUUGAUGAAUUACCAGGCCCCGCUCCCACUCAACAUGGCUCACAAAUAGAUCACUCCUUCCCUUUCCUGGAGUCAUUGAAUGAGGUUUUGGAAACAAAUAGAGCCGAGGAGUCACAGAGUCAUGUGCACCGGAUGUAUUUUAUGGGUCCUAAUACGUUUGGCAAACCUUGGCAUUUACCCCACACUCCACCAGAGCAAGUAAAAGAGAUUGUAUAUGAGGGGCCAUUCAAUACAUUUGUCGAUGAGAUUAAUUCCAUAGCCACUUAUCAAUGGUGGGAAGGAGCAAUGUACAGCAUUCUUUCUGUUCUUGCCUACCCCCUUGCAUGGUCAUGGCAGCACUGGCGCCGAAGAUUGAAAUUGCAACGUCUCCGUGAAUUUGUUAGAUCGGAAUAUGAUCAUGCCUGCUUACGGUCUUGUCGUUCACGAGCCCUAUAUGAAGGGAUCAAGGUAGCUGCAACUUCUGACUUAAUGCUAGCAUAUGUGGACUUCUUCCUUGGUGGGGAUGAAAAGAGAACUGAUCUUCCUCCUCGUUUACAUCACAGAUUUCCUAUGUCAUUACCUUUUGGAGGUGAUGGAAGUUACAUGGCCCCUUUCUCACUUCACAGCGAUAAUAUUGUUACAAGCCUCAUGAGUCAGUCAGUCCCACCUACCACAUGGUACCGUAUGGUGGCUGGUUUGAAUGCACAAUUACGCUUAGUUUGCCGUGGGCGGCUAAGAGUUACUCUUCAUCCUGUCCUUAGGUGGCUUGAAAGUUAUGCCAACCCUGCUUUGAAGAUUUAUGGUGUACGUGUCGAUCUUGCUUGGUUUCAGGCUACAGCUUGUGGUUAUUGUCAUUAUGGAUUGGUGGUGGAUGCUCUUGAAGAGGACAGUGAUCCGGCCUCUGUUGUGAGCAUCGAUGGAGCAAUACGAACUGAAGAAUCACGCGCAAAUAUCAUUUACAAAGAAGAUUCAUUGGGUCAUUUGAGAGAAACACUCAUAAGCCAAUCUCACAGAAGCAGUGAAAAUCUAAUGAGGCGAAAGAGAACAUAUGGAGGGAUUAUAGAGGCUAACAACUUACAAAUGCUUGAAGAAAAGAGAGAUAUAUUUUAUCUUCUCUCUUUUAUACUUCAUAAUACUAAACCUGUUGGACACCAGGAUCUCGUUGGUUUAGUCAUCUCGAUGCUCCUCUUAGGAGAUUUUAGCUUAGUUUUGCUUACAUUGCUCCAGUUGUAUUCAAUUUCAUUAGCGGAUGUCUUUCUGGUUCUAUUUAUUUUACCGCUUGGCAUUCUUCUUCCAUUUCCUGCUGGUAUCAAUGCUCUAUUCAGUCAUGGACCCAGACGUUCUGCUGGCCUUGCACGUGUACAUGCUUUGUGGAACCUUACAUCCCUGAUUAAUGUCGUGGUUGCUUUUGUUUGUGGAUAUGUUCAUUAUAACACUCAGUCAUCAAAUAAAAUACCUCAAUUUCAACCCUGGAAUAUUAGCAUGGAUGAAAGUGAAUGGUGGAUUUUUCCUGCUGGACUGCUGCUUUGUAAAAUUUUUCAAUCCCAGCUAAUCAACUGGCAUGUUGCCAAUCUGGAGAUUCAAGACCGUUCAUUGUACAGCAAUGAUGUUGAGCUGUUCUGGCAGUCGUGACCAUAUUUAACAAGAUAUUCUCCACAAUUAACAUGUAUUUUUUGCUUUAUUCCUAUUUUGUAAUACUUUCUGCUUGUAUGUUAUUUUGACAGUAGGUGAGUGAUUGACUUAGGUUAGGGCAAAAAAGUGUUGAAAUAUGAAUUCAGGAAAGUAAAAAGAAAUAGAUGAGAACAAAAGUUGAGAGGCAAUGAUUUAUUCUGUAACCACUUUUGAAAAAUGUGCAAGUUUGUUUUCU